AGAUGGAGUCGGAAAGAGCAAACACCGAAACCAAAAGACUAAAGGAUAAAUCAUUCUCUAAUAAAGGCGAGGAGACCAAGACGCUGGCCUCUGAUCGUCAGACCCUGCCUAGCUAUGGGACAAUAGACUCGAGAGCUGAUCUUAAAAGGUUCUGCCUUAAAACCCCGGGUGGAAAAAUGGUGUACGCUCAUGCAGGCAGUGAACCAGAUUCGAUGAUGGAAAGAAUUUCGUGAAAUAAUGAAGGAUGGUUUGGUAGAAGAAGGUCGCAAGCUCCUAAUGCCCUUGAGAACUAUUUCAGAGCCAUUGACUAUCUUGAGCAAAAUAUCGAUUUCCCUCUCGAUUCUGAAGAUGACCCUAUUGAAAGCUAUGGUUGGCACAAACAUUUCUUCUAUAUAUUCACUCUUCUCAUCACAAUCUUAAGUGCUGGCUCAGCGUUCUUGGCGUAUUCGAAGAAGGACCAAGUGGCCGAGGACUUGACCAAAACACAGACUCCUGGGGAGAAGUCCAGUUUUCUCGAGAACUUUAUUUUGAUUUGCAUCUGAGUAGAUGCAAUAUUCUUCAGCAUAAUCUAUCUGCUAUCAACGGUGGUUUACUGAAUUCCAAAGGCGAAGAUAUUUAGUGUGCUGUCUUUGAUCUCUGUGAUCAGCAUUAUUUCAACUUUAUUCUUGUGCUAUGUGCACGUAAUCUACCUGCUCACUUUCAUAGUAAGGAUCCUGUACUAUGUCUACCUACGUUAUGUUGUGUCUAUCUUGUACACAAUCUUGCUGAUGCCAAUGCCACCUCAAGCCAGGAAUGCCAACAAUCAGGAUGAAGACAUACUAACUGAUGUCGAGAUUAUUCAGAGUAGUCCAGAAGAUAGCUAA